CGCGGCGGCCCCGCGAGACACCAACAUGGCGCCGGGCGGCGGGCGGCGGCGGCGCGGCGGGGCCGGGGGGGGCGGCGGCGGCGGCGCCCCCUCCUCCUCCUCUUCCUCCUCCUCCUCGUCGCUGUCGCUGUCGCUGUCGUCUCCCCCCCCGCUGCUGCCGCCGCUGCUGCUGCUGCUGGCGCUGCCCGGCGGCGGGGCGGCGGUGCCGGCGGGGGACAGCAUGAUCCUGGGGAUGCGGCUGGAGGAGAGCACGAAGCCGGCGGCGGGGGCUCCGGCCCGCGGGCCCAUCCAGGUGACGGAGGGCAGCGAGGUGCUGCUGCGCCUCUACGGCUUGGGGCUGGGCCCCGGCACCAGCGAGCGGGUGGCCUUCGCCGAGUUGCGGCCGGCUACCUCCAACAACGCUUCGGUGGCCAACGGCACCUGCCCCGAGCGCUCGCAGGACCUGCUGGUCCAACCCGGCUUGGCCGAGGCCCGCGACACCUCGGCCCUGCUGAGGGUCCGAGUCCAACCCCUGCGCAAAGACGAACAGGCCAAAACCUACGUCCUCUGCACCCAACGCCAGCCCGGCCAGCCCUGGGUGCCCCACCAAGGCGCCGACGGGCAGAUCGUGGUGUUGGAGGAGAAGAAGUCGCUGCUGCCCCUCUGGCUGCAGGUGAUCCUCAUCGCCGGGCUGCUGGUGCUGUCGGGGAUGUUCAGCGGGCUCAACCUGGGCCUGAUGGCGCUGGAUCCCAUGGAGCUGCGCAUCGUCCAGAACUGCGGCACCGAGAAGGAGAAACGUUACGCCCGGAAGAUCGAGCCCAUCCGACGGAAAGGCAACUACCUGCUCUGCUCCCUCCUGCUGGGGAACGUGCUGGUGAACACCACCCUCACCAUCCUCCUCGAUGACCUCAUCGGCUCCGGCAUCGGCGCCGUCGUGGCUUCCACCAUCGGCAUCGUCAUCUUCGGGGAGAUCGUGCCCCAGGCUCUCUGCUCCCGCCACGGCCUGGCCGUGGGCGCCAACACCAUCGUGGUCACCAAGUUCUUCAUGCUGGUGACGUUCCCCCUCUCCUACCCCAUCAGCAAGCUCCUGGACUGCAUCCUGGGCCAGGAGAUCGGCACCGUCUACAACCGGGAGAAGCUGGUGGAGAUGCUGAAGGUGACGGAACCCUACAACGACCUGGUGAGGGAAGAGCUCAACAUGAUCCAGGGGGCCCUGGAGCUGCGCACCAAGACGGUGGAGGACGUGAUGACCCCGCUGCAGAACUGCUUCAUGAUCAACAGCGACGCCAUCCUGGACUUCAACACCAUGUCGGAGAUCAUGGAGAGCGGCUACACCCGCAUCCCCGUCUACGAGGACGAGCGUUCCAACAUCAUGGACAUCCUCUACGUCAAGGACCUGGCUUUCGUCGACCCCGACGACUGCACCCCCCUCAAAACCAUCACCAAAUUCUACAACCACCCCGUCCACGUCGUCUUCCACGACACCAAGCUGGACGCCAUGCUGGAGGAGUUCAAAAAGGGGAAAUCCCACCUGGCCAUCGUGCAGAAGGUGAACAACGAGGGCGAGGGCGAUCCCUUCUACGAGGUGCUGGGGCUGGUGACGCUGGAGGACGUCAUCGAGGAGAUCAUCAAGUCGGAGAUCCUGGACGAGUCGGAUACGUACACCGACAACCGCACCAGGAAGCGGGUGGGCACCCAGAAGAACAAGCGGGACUUCUCGGCCUUCAAGGACCCCGUCAACGAGCUGAAGGUGAAGGUCUCCCCGCAGCUGCUGCUGGCCGCUCACCGCUUCCUCUCCACGGAGGUGACGCUCUUCACCCCCAACUUCAUCUCGGAGAAGAUCCUGCUGCGGCUCCUCAAAUACUCCGACGUCAUCCAGGAGCUGAAGUUUGACGACGAGAACAAGAAAUCCCCGCGCCACUUCCUCUACUGCAAGAACAAGGCAGCCGACUACUUCAUCCUCAUCCUGCAGGGCAAGGUGGAGGUGGAAGCCGGCAAGGAAUGCAUGAAGUUUGAAGCGGGAGCUUUCUCCUAUUACGGGGUGAUGGCCAUCAGCCCCCCUCCUGUAUCCGCCCUCCCAGCCCAGCCCCGGCGCCCAGCCGUAAAGCGAGGGUCAUUAUUUGCCAGGUUGACAGAGAUCCGCUCCCCGUCCCACGUCAGCGGCCUGAACCGCUCGGCUUCCCUCAGCUACCACGAACGCUCCGACUCCGUCUCCUCCCCCGUCAGCGGCAGCAACAACCAGCUCAACGCCAGCGCCGGCGCCCAGUACGUCGCCGACUUCAGCGUCCGCGCUCUCACCGACCUCCAGUUCGUCAAGAUCACGCGGCAGGAAUACCAGAACGGCCUGAUGGCUUCCCGCAUGGACAGUUGUCCCCAAUCCCCCGACAGCAACGCCCCCAAAGCGGACACCGGUUUACCGGAGAAACCGGAACCUUCCGCCCCCGCCGACGAGACCACCAGUCUCCUCAACGAGAGGAACUGCCUGAGCCGCCGGAGCAACCACAGCCCCCUGGAAAACUCCAUCUGACCCCGGCCCCGCCGGCACGCGCCGGGAAGGACCUCGCGUGCCCCUUUUUAAAGGGACCCUUUUCCCCGGUAGGAAAACGCUCGGCGUCUCCUCGGGUGACGUCGCGCCGGCUGCCGCGGUCGCCGGAGGAGCCCGGUUGAGCUGGAGGAGGCGGCACGGCGGGAAACGGAGCCGGGAUUUGCUGCUGCUUUCCAGACUGGCUUAUUUUUAAUUAAUUUAAACGGAUGGCGGCGGAGACGGCACCGCCGACUCUCCGCCGGCCGCCCCGCCGACGGCGCUCGUUCAGCUCAGGGAGCUUCAGGUCUCGUACGCCGCUUUCGGGGGGGUGGGGGGGGGGGGGGGCGGAAAAUGGCUCCGCCGCGGCCCCCCCGGGGACGGGCACCCCGGUGGGGUUUUCGGGGCAGGAGGGUCGGACGGGGUCGGCGUGGGGUGCGGCGCGACCAGGGCGACGGCUCGUCCUCCCGGCGCCGCCGACCUUUCUCCGUGCCCGUUCCCCUUUCCCGCUGGCCCGGGGUUUCGGGGGGAUGGGGUGGCGGAGAGCUCGGCGCAGGCCUGAAGCCGAGGGGAUGGGCUCGGCGGCUCCGGCCACGGCCGAGACACC